UUCUUCUACAGAUUGCAAUUCGUGUUUUUUUAAAUUUCCUUUCCCGACACGUUUUUAAUUCCCCAUGCAGCUUUCCGUUCCGUCCAAUUUCCACGUCAUCGAUUUCCAUCUUUCCAUAGAGAUCAAUCUCACAUUGCUUAUAUUCAAUAAACAGUCACAUUGAGAACACAAUUUCAUUCCAGUGUUGUCAAUUUGUUCAUCUUUUGGUGUCCAAAAUCAGGAGGAAUCAAGCAGUGUCCAUUGCGUGUCGUGGAACUUUGAGCUUGAAGACGGAGUUGGUGAUUGGACAACGGCUGGAUGCGAGCUUGUUGAAGCGAUCAAUGACAGAGUCAAGUGUAACUGCACCCAUGCCACCAACUUUGCCAUCCUUGUGGACGUGAAGGGCCAAGCACCAGAUGAUGAAAAUCGGAGUCCUUCUGAAAAAGCGCUUGAUAUCAUCAGUCAGGUCGGCUGUGUUUUUUCCAUCAUAGCUCUGACUAUUACGGUGGUCAUUUACCUCACUAUCAGGAAACUGCGAGGCGGGAAAUCCCGACAGAUUUUCAUUCAUUUCUGCUUCUCCUUGCUGAUGCUGUAUAUCAUUUUCUUGACUGGUGUUGACAAUGCUAAGGGAUCUGGAGGUGGUUGUGUGUUUGUUGCUGCUUUACUCCACUACUUGACUCUGACCACUAUGAUGUGGAUGGCUGUUGAAGCCAGGAACAUGUACAUCAGCACAGUGAAGGUCUUCCCAGAAGACACUCGUCGAUACAUGCUAAAGGCGAGCCUCAUUGCUUGGGGAUCACCGCUGAUAGUAUUGACAAUCACCUUGGCAGCAGCGACACAUCACUACACCAACGACCAUUACUGUUUCCUGCGACCUGGUCUUGUGCUGUACAUUGGUCUCCUUACUCCCAUCGGUCUCAUCCUCAUCCAUAACAUCGUCACUUUCGUCUUGGUCAUGCGUAGUCUCCUGAAGGUCAAAGAGGUAUCACGCUCUCGUCAGAUCUCCAAACGCCUCCAGAAUGCUGUGGGUAUCUCUGUCCUCUUGGGUUUGACGUGGUGUUUUGGGUUCCUGGCCAUCAACGAGGCGGCAUUCGCCUUCCAGCUCAUCUUCUGUCUGGCCAACUCCUUCCAGGGCGUGGUCGUGUUCAUUUUGUUCUGUGUUCGUCGUGAAGAGGUUCGCACGGCCCUGUCUCCGUACAUGAGACGCAUUUGCUGUGGCAGGGAAUGCCAUCUGCCCAUAAUGCACCCCGACAAGCCAACCGAUGCUGAAAUGGUUUCCACCACGGCGCAUACUCAACAGUCAUCCGGGCCAACUGCCGAUUUGGACAUGUCCAUUACAACACCACAGUAACAGCCAUGUAGCGAUUCAUAGUUAGUACACGAAAGAAUUGGCCUCCUUUAAUCACUUAUAAAGUCCAAAAUUCUGCAAAACAAACUUCUUUGAAAAACGUUGAAAUUUCGUUUUGAAGGCUUCGCGUCAUUCAUUUUACGACAGACAAACAGAUUGAUUUCUGAAAUGUUUGAAGAGGAUUUGUUAAAAAAAAGGAACGAAAAAGAAAAAAUAUUGUUUGCACGUUUUAAAGUGGUUAUUAUUAGAUAUUUAGUAAUGGAAUAAAGCAUAUUAGUUAUUUGAUAACCUAUUCAUAGCAAUAUUUAUGCGACACCACCGUUUUCAUAUUGAAAGCCGCUUGUAUUUAUUGCAAUACGAAUAUCUACAAUCUGGAAUCACUUGUGUUUCAUGGCUGAAUAAGCAACAAUAACGAUAAACGUACCAAAGCAUCGAUAUUAGAUAUUAAAAUUGAUUACCGCUUCAAGAAAAAUAAUCAUAUAAAUAAAGUUACAUUUCAUAGACACCAUGUUCAAUCUGCUGAAAAAAGGUAAAUCUGGUGAAAAUAUUGAGGGCUGUCACUUCUCUCUCGGGAGACAGCUGAAAAGAUUGCAUGUUUCUGCAAAGCCUGCAUUGCAUAUCAAGUUGCUACAGCACUUACAUUCCAAGUGCAUAUGCCGUUUUUGCAGAUUGGCUGAUGUAAGAAUCCACCUCUACUUAUUCUUUGUUUCUAACGUGAGAAAAGACAAAAUACUAAUGCGUUUAGUAUAACAUUUAUUGAAAGAUGAUAAUAAGUGUUUUUGCUUCUUUCGUGGCUUCGAAGUAGGGACACAGCGCAGCACAUUAGUUGGCCGUUGUAGGAAUUCAUCGCAAAAUCGUACUAGAGUUUAGUUAAUACUUCCAAAUUUUCGGAUUGUGAGUUAUUUAUAAUGUUACCGUUUAAUUUUAAAACAUAUAUAUUUCACGAUCUAAUAUGGCUCUUCAACCCAUGAAUCAGUUUGAUUUGCAGUUUGGUCAGCAGCGAAGUGGGUUACAAAUAUGUAUGUGAAGAAAUGUUUAGACGUUUUUAUGGAUCCCAGAUACGGCUCGAUAGGAAGAUUUUGAAAUUUACAGUGAUAUAAAAUGAGUGUCUAUAGUUUCUUACUCACUAGUAUUUUUUCUUAUUUCCUGGAAUUCGAAGCAUGACAUGUGAGAUAAUGCACACUACUGAGAUACCUCACUAGUGUGCAUUAUUUAAAAUCUUGUGGUGAACCUUAUCCUGAAUCGCUUUGUGUUCCAUGUUGCUCUAGUCUGAAAAGCGUUUCAUUUGAGUUUGUCAAUCCCACAGAAUCUGCCACAUUUGCAUUUAUAUGUGAAAGUCAAUAAAUGAAAAAUACUUCUAGUAGCUAGA